AUGGUCCUUGUCAUCCCAACAAUCCCAUCCGUCGCUCCAAUCAACUGCGAGCUCAGUUUGGACUCCGGAAGAUGUAUCAAGUACGUGGCAACCAGAAAUUCGAAUCCGAAGACUCAUGUGGCCGAGGAGUUGCAUUAUACACUGAGGAAGAAUAGUCAUCAAGAUCACCAUGAUGAUUGGGAAGGCGUCAACACCAUUUGCCAUACCAUUGACAAUAUAAUGAACGUCGAAAUGGAAACCGAUUUCUUCGAUGGAAAAUCUGUUCUGGAAAUCGGAUUCGUUACCGGACUCCCAUCAGUUUACGCCUUUGAAAAUGGAGCUGAUGAGAUUGCGAUGCACACUAUCGAUAAAACAAGUUUGGAGCUGUACUGUAAACCAACGCUCAAGAGAAACAAUAUCCCUAAAAAUAAGACCAAGCUCACUUGUGGAACAAUGGAAGAGCUCAGAAACUUUUUGGGUGGAAAGAAGUACGAUAUCAUUUUGGCACCGGAUCUUCUCAACCGCUCCGAAGCUGAGUUUGAAGUUGUUCAUGAGAUUUUGCACCAAGGAUUGUCCUAUGAUGGCAUUUGUCUCUUCUCUUGCCGUACACACUAUCCAAACGUGGAUGGAUCGUUGAAUGCGUUCCUCCAACUGGUCAAAAGACGUCGUGAAUUCGAGCCAAUCGAAAGAUGGUCGUCCCCAAGAACCGACAUCAUUCAGCAGAAGGUCUUCCAACUGACACGUUCGCUGUUCUAG